GCUCUGCGGACCCUCCUGAGCCUGCACCUCUCGCCCCGCAGGAAGGCCGCUGCCUGUUUGUCAUCCUGCUCAUGGCGGUGUACUGGUGCACGGAGGCCCUGCCCCUCUCGGUGACCGCCCUGCUGCCCAUCACCCUCUUCCCCUUCUUGGGUAUCCUGCGCUCCAGCAUAGUCUGCCCCCAGUACUUCCUGGACACCAACUUCCUCUUCCUCAGCGGUCUGAUCAUGGCCAGUGCCAUCGAGGAGUGGAACCUGCACCGGAGAAUCGCCCUCAAGAUCCUGAUGCUGGUCGGGGUGCGGCCGGCCUGGCUCAUCCUUGGAAUGAUGGUGAACACCUCCUUCCUGUCCAUGUGGCUGAGCAACACCGCCUCCACGGCUAUGAUGCUGCCCAUUGCCAGCGCCAUCCUGAAGAAUCUCUUUGGCCAGAAGGAGACUCGGAAGGACCUCGUCUCAGAGAGUGAAGAGAACACAGCUGCUGUGCGGACAAAAGCCCUGCACACUGUGCCGACGGAGAUGCAAUUUCUUGCCAGCACUGAAGACAAAGACUUCCCUGAGGAGGCAGAGGCUCCAUUGGAUCUUCCAGACAACUCCGUGAAGGAGGAAGAAUAUCGCAGAAACAUCUGGAAGGGCUUCCUCAUCUCCAUCCCAUACUCAGCCAGCAUCGGGGGUACUGCCACCCUCACGGGCACAGCCCCCAACCUCAUCCUGCUUGGCGGGCUCAAGAGCUUCUUCCCACAGUGCGACGCGGUGAAUUUCGGCUCCUGGUUCAUUUUCGCCUUCCCUCUCAUGCUGCUGUUCCUGUUGGUGGGCUGGCUCUGGAUCUCCUUCCUGUAUGCGGGACUGACCUUGAGGGGCUGGAGGAAGCAGAGCUCGGAGGUCAAAGCUGAUGCCGAAGAUAGGGCUCGAGCUGUGAUUCGGGAGGAGUACCAGAAUCUGGGGCCCAUGAAGUUUGCCGAGCAGGCCGUUUUCGUGCUUUUCUGCAUGUUCGCCAUCCUCCUCUUCUUCCGAGACCCGAAGUUCAUCCCCGGCUGGGCCAAUCUCUUCACCCCUGGGUUUACUUCUGAUGCUGUAACCGGCGUGGCCGUUGUCACCAUAUUAUUCUUCUUCCCGUCCCAAAGGCCCUCUCUCAAGUGGUGGUUUGACUUUAAAGCCCCCAACACAGAGACAAAGCCCCUGCUGACGUGGAAGAAGGCCCAGGACACCAUUCCCUGGAACAUCAUCCUUCUCCUGGGAGGGGGCUUCGCCAUGGCCAAAGGCUGUGAGCAGUCGGGGCUGUCUCUGUGGAUCAGUGACCAGCUGCACCCCCUGGAGAACAUGCCGCCCAUGCUGGCCGUCCUGAUCAUCACCUCGGUCAUAAUUUUCUUCACCGAGUUUGCCAGCAACACGGCCACUAUCAUCAUCUUCCUGCCCGUCCUGUCAGAGCUGGCCAUCCGCCUGAGAGUGCACCCCCUGUAUCUGAUGAUCCCCGCCACAGUGGGCUGCUCCUACGCCUUCAUGCUCCCAGUCUCGACGCCCCCCAACUCAAUUGCCUUCGCCUCUGGACACUUGCUGGUCAAAGACAUGGUGCGGGCAGGCUUCCUGAUGAACCUGGUAGGCGUCCUGCUGCUCAACGUGGCCAUCAAUACUUGGGCACAACCCAUCUUCCAGCUGGGCACCUUCCCGGACUGGGCCCACAGCCACUCAGCCAAUGUCACAGCACCGCCACCCACAUUUGUGGCCAACGACACCUUACGGACCCUCUGAGUCCUCCUUGGAGACUCUCUUUGGGCUG